UCAGCACACCAUGUCUUCUUGGAUAUCACGAAGUACUUCUUCGCACAAUGCUCAAUUAGCCGCAACUGCUGUUGCUUCUGGCGCUCUCGCCGCUGGGCUGGUGCUAGGAUUUCAGACAGUCAGGCGGAAGCGCGAAGUUGACCGCGUGAAAGCACAUAUUCCUGACAUCAGUCAAGAGCAUGCUGCUACAAGGGUGCGUACAACAUCCAUCCGCUACCCGAUCAAACUGCGCUCUAACAUUGCUCCGCGAAGUAAAGCUUACCGAGUACGGUGCUGCGGCCGAUGUGUUUGCGCCCACAAAAGAAGACGAGCGAAGUGUUGCGUUAGCAAUUAGAGCCCGCUCUGGCGACUACGAUGAUGACCUGAUCCUGGAACAGCUUGCGCGCAACCGCGUUUUUCUCACCGACGAGGGCCUUGCUAAGCUGCGCUCUUCCUUCGUCAUCGUCGUCGGCUGCGGCGGUGUUGGUUCCCAUGCGGUUGCCGCCCUCGCUCGGUCUGGCGUCUCCAAGUUGCGUCUCAUCGAUUUUGACCAGGUUACAUUGUCCUCAUUGAACAGACACGCAUUGGCGACGUUGGCAGAUGUCGGGACACCAAAGGUGCAUUGCAUCCGGAAGAGAUUGGAACAAGUUGUCCCCUGGACACACUUUGAUUGUUGGAAUGAGUUGUUCAACGAGCAAUCUGCGGAGCGACAACUUGCCGACAUGGAUGGACAAAAGCCGGAUUUCGUAAUUGAUGCCAUCGACAACAUUGACAGCAAGGUUGCCCUGCUCGCUUAUUGCCAUAAAAACGGUAUCAAAGUCAUCUCGUCAAUGGGUGCAGGGUGCAAAUCGGACCCGACGAGAGUGUUCCUUGGUGACAUAUCCGCCAGCACUGAAGAUCCCCUCUCCAGGUCUACGCGGAGAAGGCUGCGUGCCAUGGGUAUCAAGGAUGGCGUACCAGUCGUCUUCUCCACCGAGAAGACAGCUCCGGGUAAAGCUCAACUCCUUCCACUCCCUGAAGAGGAGUACAACAAGGGUAGCGUGGGCGAGCUUGGGGUAUUACCCGAGUUUCGAGUCCGCAUAUUGCCUGUACUUGGAACCAUGCCAGCCAUGUUUGGACUUUCAGUCGCAAACCACGUCAUUCUAAAAAUCACCGGCUAUCCUCAUGACUACUUGCCGUCAAAGUCUCGGGACAAGAUGUACGAUGGCAUGCUCGGCGCCUUACAAGGCUUGGAGGAGAGGUUAGCAAGACACCGUGGGGUGGAUGCCGUAGGCCUCCGUAUUCCCAUCACGCAAGAUGAUGUUGGGUAUCUUGUGGAAGAGGUUUACAGGGGUCGUAGCGUAGUCACCGGGCUGGCUACUAGGUUAGCUCUCACGAGAUGGAGGGCACCUCCCGAGGGCUUCGUGGACAACAGGUUUCCUGGACAGAACAACUCGCUGCUGCAUAUAAGGGAUUUGGUGUGCAUGACCAAAGAGGAGGCUACGAGGCACGAAAAAGAAGUUUUGAAGGGCGACAAACAGCCCGAAGACAUCUACGACAAAGAGGUUGUAGAACUAGUCGAAGCGAGACUGCAAGAAGAAGAGGUAUUCCAAAGAUAUCGAUGAUCGUGGUAUCUUUCGAGAGAUGAUGCCCACAAAACGCUAGAUUCCAACUUUCACCAACCGUUUUGCAUUGCGUACCUGACACGUUGUAGGAAAUCAAAUAUCUAGAAGGGUGUAGACAGUGAUGGUAAAUAAACUCGUUUUUCUUU